AUGUAUACCAAGAUUGUUCCUAAGGAUGAAGUUGACCCGAUCACCACCGCACGAGUUACCAGUAAACAUCAAAGGAAUCUCAGUUUCUGUUCCUUGCAACAUCUUUCUCCUGAAGAGGCUGUUGAGGAAAACUUCAUAUUAAACUCCAUUGCUUGGCCUGAAACUCCGCCUCUGCUGCCUCCUCGUUCAAUAAAUGACACCAGCGAUCCGGCCCACAGCAGCUUCAUCAUUCUCCCAAACGAGGGAGGAGGACAGUGGAUCAUUGGGGAUCGGCUGGAGGUCAGGAUCACAAUGUUCGACCACCACGGUCAUUCCAAGAAAUAUGGAGGAGAUGUCUUAACUGCUCGACUGCACAGCCCUGCUCUUGAUGCAGGUGUUGCAGGUCAAGUGUUGGACCAUCUCAACGGCACCUACUCUGUUGUUUUCCCUUUACUCUGGGAAGGAUCUGCACAGGUGGAGGUGACUCUGGUUCACCCCAGUGAGGCAGUCGCCGUGCUCCACAGGCUGAUCUAUGACCAGCCCGAUCGGAUUGCUUACAACGCCCUGUUCAGGUCGGGUUCAGUCAAUGAAACCACCAUCUGCGGCAUCUGCAUGCGUCCGACCCAGCAUCCCCUCUGUGACUACACUGACGUCCGUACAGGAGAACCGUGGUUCUGCUACAAGCCAAAGACGCUGAGCUGUGAUCACAGGAUCACUCACACAGCAGGACCAGUCAGAGAGGCAACCCUUCUAAAAAGCAAUCUUUUUCAAAGAGGCGUGAACCUGAAAGUCUUCAUUGGAGCAUCAGGACCUGCUCAAGUCACUGUGUUGUCAAAAAAGGAAGAUCAGCCAGAGGCAGGAAGCAGAAGUGUGUCUGGAGCAGCAGGUUAUUACUACAAAGGUGUUUGGCAAUCACUGCGUGACACUCCAGUUCACCAGUUCAACACAACAUCAGCCAUCACUGAGUGUCUGAGACACAAGGAGAUCCACAUGUAUGGAGACUCCACGGUCAGGCAGUGGUUUGAGUACCUCCUCAAAGUACAACCAGAUCUCCACCAGUUUGACCUGCACAACCCGGCACAGUCCGGCCCAUUGUUGGCUCUGGACUAUAAGAAUAACAUCAAGGUGACUUUCCGCUGCCAUGGUCCUCCAAUCCGUUUCACUGUCUCAAGCAGUGAGAUGCGUUACAUUGCCAACGAACUGGACGGAGUCGCUGGAGGAGCCAACACUGUCAUCAUUUUUGGCAUCUGGGCACAUUAUGGCACUUUCCCCAUUGAGAUCUACAUCCGGCGGCUGAUGACCAUUCGGAAAGCAGUGUUGCGCCUGUUGGCCAGGGCUCCAGACACUUUGGUCAUCAUCAGAACUCCAAACCCCAAAAGUUCACAUGGAUUUGAGGAGUUUUCUGCCAGUGAUUGGUACUCCAUCCAACAAGACAGGGUUCUUCGUACCAUAUUCAAAGGAAUAAACGUUCAUCUGGUGGAUGCCUGGGAAAUGACUCUGGCCCACUGGCUGCCUCACAACACCCACCCUGAACCUCCCAUUAUCAAGAAUAUGAUGAAUGUUAAAUUGUCCUACAUAUGCUCUGGAAAUAGCAAUUAG